AAAAAACAGAAGGUUCUCUUUUUCCAAAAAUCAUGCUUUUCGCUUUUCUUUUCUAUUAAUUGCGAUGCUUCUCAAGAAAUCGGGGUUCUUUGUUCCCUUUUAUUGGGAUUAUAAGAUUCUUGGAAGGGAGGGAGGAAUGGUUUUCGGAAUGGAGAAGAGAUCCGAUUCGGCGCUUCUUGCAUCCAGGAAGCGCUGGGCGCCUAGAUCGGUGGUGCUGGGAAUGAUGCUCUUCGCGCUUGGCCUCAUCUCGCUCUUCGCUGGUCAUGUUGUUUCCGACAUUGAGUGGACGCGGAUUCAGAAGGCAUGGCGGUCCAGAAAGGGAGGUUACAGUGGAGUUGUUGAUAUAUGGAAAUCAGAGUUUUCAAAUUUGUAUUAUGGUUGUUCUGGUAGGGGCCCUCAUUUUCAUUCUGCAGUACCUGAAAGGAAAUCUAAUGGUUAUUUACUAAUUGCAACAAGUGGAGGACUAAAUCAACAAAGAACAGGGAUAACAGAUGCUGUUGUUGUUGCUCGGAUUCUGAAUGCUACACUUGUUGUACCUGAGCUGGAUCAUCAUUCUUUCUGGAAAGAUAACAGUGAUUUUGUCAACAUAUUUGAUGUUGACUGGUUCAUGUCUUUUCUUUCGAAGGAUGUGAAAAUUGUUAAAAGGAUACCUGAUAAGGUAAUGCGAUCAAUGGAAAAGCCUCCAUACACAAUGCGUGUUCCAAGAAAGUCAAGUCCAGAGUAUUAUCUUGAUGAAGUUCUUCCAAUACUCCUUCGAAGGCGUGCUUUGCAGCUGACGAAGUUCGAUUACAGGCUUGCAAACUGGCUUGGUGAGGAUUUGCAGAAAUUGCGAUGCCGUGUUAAUUAUCAUGCUUUGAGAUUUACAAGGCCUAUAGAGACACUUGGGCAGAAGUUGAUUACAACAAUGCGAAGCAUGACCUCUCGCUUUAUUGCGGUUCAUCUGAGGUUUGAACCUGACAUGCUUGCAUUUUCUGGUUGUUAUUAUGGCGGUGGUGAAAAAGAGCGCAGUGAGCUAGGUGCAAUUAGGAAGCGAUGGGAGACAUUACCUGACUUAAUCCCUGAAGACGAGCGCAGUCGAGGGAGGUGUCCACUAACACCCCAUGAAGUUGGAUUAAUGCUACGAGCACUUGGCUUUGGAAAUGACUCAUAUCUUUAUGUUGCAUCAGGAGAGAUAUAUGGUGGUGGCAAGACUUUACAGCCUCUCAAAGAUCUGUUUCCAAACUUUUAUACCAAGGAAAUGCUUGCUGGAGAUGAUUUGAAACCCUUUCUUCCAUUUGCCUCCCGCCUCGCUGCGAUUGACUAUAUUGUUUGUGAUGAGAGUGAUGUGUUUGUUACCAAUAACAAUGGAAAUAUGGCCAAGAUUCUAGCUGGCAGGAGGAGGUACAUGGGACACAAGAGGACCAUCCGACCAAACUCAAAAAAACUGAGCUCAUUAUUUAAGGGACGCGAUAAGAUGAACACAGAAACAUUUGCCAAGAAAGUCAAGUCAUGCCAGAAAGGUUUCAUGGGGGAACCAGAUGAGAUGCGGCCGGGAAGAGGUGAUUUUCAUGAAUUUUCAUCUUCAUGUAUCUGCAGGAAAUCAGAUAACCGGAAUGAGUCUUCAGAUAAUCCUAAGAAGCUGCUUUGAUUGAAAAAUGUGAGACCGAUAAUGAAGUUGAAUAGCAAGUCCAUCGACAAAGCGUUGGACAGAGGAGUUAAAAGAGGGAAUUUAUUUACUUCGAGGUGUUUAUUCUAGAUGUAUACUAUGUAGCUUUUUCUGAUCACUUUCAUCCAAGUUUCGCUUCGGUCACACUGGAUGCAGUAAGCUGUCUUCAGGAAGAUGAAGUGCUGAUGCUUCUUUUUAUUACUGUGGAGUAAUCAGAAACCUUCAUCAAGAUUUUGUAGUAUUAAUUGUAAUUUCAAUUCUGGUUCUGUUGUAAGCUGCUUCAUCUUUGAAGAGGUCUGUGUUUGUUGUUGUGUUUCAAAGUGUUAUAAAUGUUGCUUUUUUACCUUUAAAAAAAAAAAAGCUAUAUCAUCAUGUUGUUUCAUA